AAGAGGAUGCGCUCGGAGCCAAAGCUCUUGCUCGUGUCGCCGUAAUUUAUAGUGGAGACCAGCGGCUUCACAUCCGCCCGCCUCCUCGCACACAGUCAACGUUCAACCUUUCCAUCUUGCGACCUCGCGACACUGGCUCCGUCACCAUCGCAGCAGUCGAGCGUGACGAUUGAAGAGCCAAAUCAUGACAUUCUUGGGUGCGCUCCCUCGCUGUGGCGCCAUCGCGCGAGCAGCACGGCAACCAGCACGUCGCGCGUAUGACUCAACGCGGAAUUGCGCCCCGUGCGCGGCACGUCGAUUCGGAACCACACCAGCCGUUCGGUUUCUCAAGGGCACUGCCAGUGACUCGCCGGAUGGUGAUCUCGAGCUGAACUUUGCGAAGAGGCGCACACUCGACGAGCAGCCGGUGUGGCCGGUUACGUCAUCGUCAACAGCUAGCCCCUUUUCCCAGGAGGCCAAGAAGCUGGCGAGGAGCUUCGGAUUCCUUUACGACUGCGAUGGCGUCCUCCAUCUGGGUGAUCAGAAGAUUGACAGUGCCAAGUCUGCCUUGCGGUUGUGCUGGGACCAUGACUCGAGGUAUCUGUUCUUGACGAAUGGCGGCGGCAACACCACAGAAGAACAGAAGGCAGCGAGCUUGAAGAAGAAGGUCGGUAUCGAUGGCGUGGAUGAUCUUAUUGGUGACCGGGUCAUUCAAUCACACACGCCACUUCGAAAAUUCAGGACACAGGCCAAAGAGGACCAGACCAUCUACAUCACGAGCUUAGACCCUGAAAGAGCUCGAGAGAUCGCUCACUCGUACGGCUUCAAGAAUGUCAUCACGUCGACAGAUCUGCUCGAGCAGUAUGAGCACAUCUAUCCGUUCACACCCAAGCAUAUCUUCAACUCCAAAGGCCGGGCGCUUCCAAAUGGCACCAAAUUAUGGCGCGGCAAAGAUGCCAUGGCCUAUGACGCAGCCGAAUUGAAGAGUGGCAACUACUUGAAGAUCGACCACGUCUUCAUCUUCAACGACCCUCGGGAUUGGUCACUCGAGACACAAAUCAUCCACGACAUCCUCGCGUCGCAUCAGGGCUAUCUCGGCACACUAUCUCACAAAAAUGGCGAUCAAUCCCUGGAGAAUGGCGGCUGGCAACAGGAUGGCCAACCCAAGGUGUGGAUAUCCAACCUGGACCUUCUAUGGAAAACAGAGCACCCAAUCAACCGCUUCGGCACCGGCGCGUUCCUGCACGCUUUCCGCGGUGUCUGGAAGGAGUCGACCGGGCACGAGCUUUUGUUCAAAUACAUGGGCAAACCCUCGCGCAUCACUUACGAAUACGCACACGACAGUCUCCUGCGAGCAAACGGGGCGGCCGACGGGAGGGCCGAGCCGUUGCGCAGGGUGUACAUGAUCGGCGACAACCCGGAGAGUGAUGUUCGCGGGGCGCUCGAGUUCCAGCCCGAGGACGGGACCGAGUACGUGCCGAUCCUGGUCAAGACGGGGGUUUGGCGCCAGACAGAGGCGGAGAGGCAGCCUCGAUGGCAGCCGGCAGUUAUUGUGGACGAUGUCCUUGACGCCGUCGUUUGGGCCAUGAGGAACGAGGGGAUUGAUGUUACUAGAGAGGCUGUUGAGAACAUGUAGUGGCGGAUACUAUAGAAUAACCUGGAUGGACUGUAAGUGGAAUA